AUGGCAUCGAACGUCCUGUCCCUUCCGGAUGAAAUCCUAGCUUGGCACAUGCGGCUGCAGCAUUGGUUCCCGAAAGAAGAAGGGUACGAGGUCAGCAGCGUCUUGAGCAGCGACGGGCUCGGCGCCGCCUUUCACUCAGUCACAGUCCACCUACAGAUCACCGAGAAGGACAUCGACCACAAGUUCCUGGCCCUCGUGCUGGGCGAGUGUGGUUGGGACGCCGACCAUAUGGACCAUGACGGUACGGUACUGGACGAUCGGAUCAACUACCACUCUGACCACAUGCUCGCCACACUUCCCUAUGGCAGUCCCUUCGCCUGUGGGGUGGUUUGGCAUAACGCUAUCACUCUUCUCCGGUAUAAGCCGGAGAAGCGUAAAUACGCUCGGUGCACCGCUCACGGCCAGAAUAUUCUGGACGUGAAAUAUGAAGCCGGCACCAUAGACAGUUGGUUCCACCGGCUGAAGAAGAAAUGGAGGCCCGAGACCAUCCCGAAAGGAAGAAGCGGAUUCGACACCUCGCGACUUCGAUCCCACUCGUAUUCGCCAGAUUACUAUUAG